AUGGCAGACAGUAAAAAUCCAAACAGAUCAGUAGCACUGUAUUAUUAUAUGUGUCAAAAUAUAGUAGGAACAGAAGAUCAUGUUAAACGCAUCCGAUCUAUGAACGCUGUCAGGGACAAUUUACAAACUACCAAGUAUGAAUCAUUUAUAACAAGUGGCAGCUUUGGGGAAGGACUUGAGAUGCGAGGUAGCGAUUUAGAUAUAAUGAUGGUACAAAACCGGUUUGACGUUUGUGAAGAUUUGAAAUCCCGUUAUCACCCCCCAAAAAUACAUUUUUUAAUGGAAAGAGACGAUGUAAAACCUUGUUAUACUCUGCUGAGACUAGUAUAUGGUAGAAUUGCUGAAGUUAUGAGACACUUUGAUGAACAUAAUGGUAAACUAUAUCUGUCUAGUGCAUUGUAUAAACAAAGUUUUUUAAUUGAUGAAAUUAAUAUAAUUCAUGGUCCAUGUUUUUCAGACAAAGAUGGAGAUGUAGAAUUUGCUCAUUGUUUACAUUGUAAAACGUGGAUAUCUCCUGCAGAACAGUGGAUAACAAGAUCAAGUAACUCUUGGCCGAGUGAUAAUGUCAAACAAAGUAUUAUAAAACACGGAGUACUUUUUGUACCAAUCGGAGUAAAGGGAUCACCAACAGAGGAUUUAGAAUGGCGAGUAUCGUUUUCAGUGGGGGAAAAACUUCUAAUUAAUACAUUUUCUCACACUCAAUUACUGUGCUAUGUUCUCUUGAAAAUAAUUUUAAAAGAUGUGUUAGCUAUUCAUUCCGAAUGUAAAGAUUUACUCUGUUCUUAUUUCCUGAAAACUAUUAUGUUUUGGAUAUCUGAAGAACUGCCACAAUCCAUAUGGAAACCUGAUAAUCUUAUACCUUGUUUUAUGAGAUGUUAUAAACGGCUUAUUUAUUGUGUUCAACACUCAGUUUGUUUACAUUACUUUAUUCCUGAGAAUAACAUGUUUGAGAACAAAAUAGAGGGUCGCAGUCGUGAAAUACUUUUAGAAAAAUUAUAUACGUUGUAUAGCUAUGGAUGGCAAUGUGUCUUAUUUUCGGAUCAAUUAUCUAACUUUCAUGUAGAAAUGUGGAAUUUCAAACCCGAAUCUUAUAUAUUAUACGUAAAUGAUGUUAACAAAAUACUAAACUCAACCUUAAUGGUUGUUGAAAAUGAAAACUUUAAAACUUUGUCUGUGGAAAAGGUGUUUGAGAAUGGAAUAUAUCAGACCAUGUGGUGUCAGCAACCUUCAAUAAAAGCCGUAUAUAAAUACUUCAUGUCUAUGUAUUCUAGUGGACUUGCACAGCGUAUAUCGCUGGACAGUAAAAUCAGUAAUAAUAAGAACUUAUACAAACAGUACAAACGCUGUCUUAGUACCCUGCUACAGAAUGUGUAUCAUGACGCUGUAUCUGGAUGGUUACUGCUAGCAUCGCUUUUCUAUAAGACAAAACAAUACAGUAAAGCUUUACACAUCAUCAGAUAUUCUAUAUCGAAAUGUACUCCGGAAAAAUUAUGCGACUACUCCACUGUAUCGGAUUACCAACUGUUAAAUCUGAACUCAUUCCAGAAGACGAGUUUUGUUAAUCUGAGAAAAUUUAUGCUGGUAGAUGAAAUACGUCUCACGAACAAAUCGUCAUUAGCACCAGAUGAACUUCAAAUGGUAGAUCCAAUUUCAAAAGUUUUCGAUUUUUAUCCAGCUAUCGCGUAUGCUUAUUUCCUUGAAUUUCUUUGUCAGUAUCAUCUUGAUAAUGUCAAACAAUGCCAGGAUGCAAUUCAAAGUUUAAAACUGGUUAUAGACAGUAAAAAUCCAAGCACAUCAAUAGCACUGUAUCAUUAUCUAUGUCAACAUAUAGUAGGAUCAGAAGAUCAUGUUAAACACAUCCGAUAUAUGAACGCAGUCAGGGACAAUAUUAGAAGGGAAAAGGAUGAAAUAAUUAUAACAAGUGGUAGCUUUGGUGAAGGACUUGAGAUACGAGGCAGUGACGUAGAUAUAAUGAUUGUACAAAAGAAGGUUGACGUUUGUGAAGAAUUAAAAUCCCGUUAUCACCCCAACAAAAUACAUUUGUUAAUGGAAAGAGACGAUGUGAAACCUUGUUAUACUCUGCUGAGAGUAGUAUAUAGUAUAAAGAAAGACCAUGAAGACCAGGAAGACUACGUGUGA